ACACCCACCCGAGGGAGAGUGAGCAUAUGGAGUGGGAAUUGGCUUGUGCAUAGUAACAGCGGCUUCCGAGCAACAAGUCACAAACGCCAGGAAACCGUUUUAAAUCAUGGCAUCAGAAGGUCAGUCUUCAAGGACGAUGCUACCCUGGUGUUUCUUGCUCCUGUUGGCUGUCGCUGGUGUGGAAGGUGAUGGGUGUAGGUGCCUGCAAGCGAAUAAUUUCAGCACGUUUAACUCUAGCCUGAAUGUUGGGAGCUGCUGCUUAAAUUUCUCUGGAUCUGUAAUUGGCACUCUACAUUGGAGUGGCUUUGCUAGAAUGAGGGAUCUGAAGAUAUUGGACCUCUCUGCCAGCAGCAUUGUCAAGGUCGUGGAAGCCAAUGCCUACGAGAACCAUCUAGAGGUCCUUUAUCUGAAUAGCAACCAGAUAGGCCAGCUGCCUGGGACUUUCCUGGCCAAUGCACCCAGCCUGAAGAUCCUCCAUCUGGAAAACAACAAGCUACAAAAGCUGCCAGAUACCUUCUUGCAGGCUUCCACCCAACUUGAGGAGCUCCACCUUAACUCGAAUUAUUUAUCCUCUGUGCCCCCGAGGGUCUUCAAGCUAGGGAUACGAACAAUAGAGCUCUCCAACAACACCUUGGAAUGCACAUGCGCCUUUGUUGAAGAGUUAAAAGAAGGAGUUGCCAAUGUAAGCGUGCUGGACAAUCUGACAUGCACCACUCCCGGGCACCUCCAGGGCAGGAGUGUGUGGUCUUUGCAGAAGUCGGAGCUGUGCAGAUCUCACAGGCUGACGGUACUCUUCAUUCUGAUGGCCCUGGGCUUAAUCCUAGCCCUGAUGCUGUGCUGUUACUGCAGGAAAAAGAGGUGCAAGCAAGCCUCCUUGGACCUUGCCAAGCAUGAGAGCCAGCUAGUGACCGUGGACCGGAACGGGGUCAAGGGGCUCCUGGACAGCCACCACUACACACCCUGCGAGGCGGUGCUGCCCGACGUGGGGGAGAAGAACGUUCUCCUCAAGAACCAGAUCAUGUUCAGGCCCUCCACCGCCCUGCUGGGCAGCAGCCGGGACCUUUACGAGGAAGUGGAGAUCAAACUGGACACCUCAAUGGAUUCCCUGCCCCAGACAGUAGAGGAGGCCAAUCCGAACUUGACAAGCAUAGACUGCGAGGAGGAGCCAGCGGAAGAGAGCAAACCAGACAUGGAAACUGUGAGCGUCACAGAGGUCCUGAAGGAUUCGACCGAUCGGGAAAAGAUGUAUCUCACCCAGUCCACAGACUACUACAAUCUGGUGCCAGACAUUGAUCUAGAUGACUCUGAUCAUUACGAAUACGAAAGUGUGGACCUGUCCUGAAAGGAAUUUGAUAAGAAUUGAAUGAUGAUGUUGUGACUGUGGAAGUUGAAAGCUGGAUUAAAAUUAAGAAUUCAGGAAGUUUUGGUUUCAAAUCCAACCUCUUGAAAAAGGAAGUAUUUAUAAAUAACCAGCUUUGAGACUUGAGUGCAUGCAAAGAACCAUUAAGGAGACAAGGAUGUGGAAUCUUAAUCAUGCAAUCCCAAGCAACAGAAAAAAAAUCCUUCUAAAAUUAAAAACAUUUCCUAACCACAGGGUUAGAACAUAAGAACAUAAGAAAGUUUACAAACGAGAGAAGGCCAUUCAGCCCAUCUUGCUCGUUUGGUUGUUAGUAGCUUAUUGAUCCCAGAAUCUCAUCAAGCAGCUUCUUGAAGGAUCCCAGGGUGUCAGCUUCAACAACAUUACUGGGGAGUUGAUUCCAGACCCUCACAAUUCUCUGUAAGGAAGAGACACUUUGGUUUGCCAAAUUCUGAUCUGGAGACAUUUUCUCAAUGCAUUUCCUACGGACAUCCAUAGCCUUAAGUGAAUUGGGCUGGAUGAUAACACCUUGUUUCCACACCACAUAGGAAAUGUUCUCUGGCUUUUUACAACAGGCAGCUGGGUCCAGUGCACUCCAGUAGGAGGUCAGGAAGCUGGAAGAUUCCAGUUUCAGCUAUCAGCAUUAGACUGUUUUGCCCUGGGGAAAAAACUGUAGUUUGAGUUGUCAGGAAUUCAGACCUGAAAAGGUGCUUACGAAUGGUCUUCUGAAGACCUCCAUACCAGUUAAGUUGAAAUACUUUAUAGGCGUGCCUUAAUUACUUCAUGCUCAAACCAGAAGGUGCCUUUGGCAACAAGUCACAUUUUGUUGUCAGAUCAUUGGUUACAGUUUCAAGCUCAGCCACUGCCUAACAAGGAUCACUUUACCCUCACAAACACACACACGCCCACACUGGAAAUUUGAUAUGACUAUCAGAGCCAGUUGCAAACCAGUUGAUGUAAUCUGGGAAGAUUUGAUCGCUUUCUUUGUAUGUCAAAUCUACCUGCAGAAACAGUGGGCCUAUUCAUGGAACUAUUUUUAGAGAUUGCUUUUAAACAUUCUUAACAUUUCAUUUAAAUCAGUAUAAAAUUGCCUUGUGUAACAUUACUGAAGCACAGGUUGUUGAACUGGGAAAACAGGUUGUUGAAAGUGCUACAUGUAUAAAUUGUUUUAACGUUCAAAUUGCUUCGAGAAAAGUGUAUUUAUAUUUAUAAAAGCUUUUUUUUUAAUGAAACAAAUAAAUGAUCCAUUUUACUGAAA